AUGAGUGUUCAAUUCACAAACGUCAAUGACUGGAUCAGCCCAAGGUUCACAGGUCUUCCUUCGAUCGCCAAGCAGUCGCGAUCUCGGGCCACGGGCUCCAGCCAAGUAACUGGACUGCCGAGUCCUGGUAGCAGCGGCACAGAAGCAGAGUUCCCUCAUGUUGUGUUCAUCGCCAAUGCACGGAUGGGACACGACUCAGGGGGUCCGUAUGCUUACAAAGGCAUCUGUCCAGUCAAAAAGAAGAUCAACGGCUCUUAUUUUCAGCUACACUCGCCAGCGGGUGCCUGUCCAUGUUAUGGGACGAAAAGUAAAAUGCAACCUUUCGAGGCAAUUGGAGGCACCAAUGUUUUCCAGAGCAAGAUACCAGUUAGUUUUAAAGUUUCGGUUGAGAAACACGAUAGUCUGGGACAGAAACUCGCUUAA